UGCGAAAUGUUGCUUAAACCAGUUUGUCUAUUUUUUGUUCUGUCAUUGGGAAACAAUAACUUUUGUUCAAGCCAAGAUGAUCUACCAGAGAUAGUCACGCCUUUAGGAAGAGUUCGAGGAUUUUGGAAGACUUUAGACGACCGGAAAUAUGCUGCUUUCGAGGGAAUCCCAUAUGCAAAACCACCAGUAGGCCACCUAAGGUUCGAAGAAGCCGAACCUAUUCCUGCUUGGUCAGGAACUUGGGAGGCAAACACACUUCACACCUGUCUUCAGGCUGGAUUCCUGGAUCUUGACAAAUUAUUAGGGGAAGAAGAUUGCCUUUACUUAAACGUAUAUAUACCUGAAGACUAUGUGAAAAAUCCUAAAGCACUUGAUGUGAUAGUAUCAAUCCAUGGAGGUGCCUUUAUGGUGGGCAGUGGACACAUGAUAUGGACCAGUGCACUCCUAGACAAAGACGCUGUGUUUGUAUCUAUCAAUUACCGCCUUGGUAUUCUAGGAUUCCUUAGCACAGAAGACUACGUCAUACCCGGCAACAACGGUAUGAAGGACCAAGUCUUAGCAAUUAAGUGGGUCAAGGACAAUAUCGCUUCGUUUGGAGGAAACCCCCACUCUGUGACCAUAGUAGGCGGAUCAGCUGGCGGAGCCAGCGUCCACCUCCAAUAUUUCUCCCCCCUCUCUAAAGGUUUGUUCAUCAAAGGGAUUUCGCACAGCGGCACAGCUCUAGCACCCUGGGCAGUCAGAAAGAACGCUUUGCAACGUGCCAAGAAGCUCGCUGUGUUGGUGGGUUGUCCUGAUAGUACCUCAGAAGAACUAAAGAGGUGUCUUAAGCAGAGACCAGCGCAUGCUUUACUAAAGCAAUUGAAACAUUUCUAUGGCAUCGGUGACCUGCCGUUCUCACCUUUUGCGCCAGUGGUGGAAAGAGGAUUAGCAAACGCUUUCCUAGAGGCGGAACCUUACCAUCUCUUGAAAGAAGGUAAAGUCCACGACUUGCCUUGGAUUACUUCCUUUACUGUUGAUGAAGGACUUUUUCCUACGGGAUAUUUAUGGCACAUUUUGGGAGAGAUAAACGAAAAAUGGGUAGAACUAUCUCCCGAACUGCUGGAUUACAAUGACACUCUACCUGCAUCAAGGCGGGAGGUAGUAGCGAAGGAAGUUUUGGAUCACUAUUUGGGACCAGGAGAAAAUAUCAAUAAGAAGAACUUCAAAAAAUUUACUCAGAUUUUCACUGACAGAUUCUUUGCUGUAUCUGCAGAACUCUCAACUAAACUGCAAGCCAAGGUGACAAAAUCUCCAGUAUAUUUUUAUAUAUUUAACUACACUGAGGGUGAAAAUAAAUUUGUCGACAACUUUCCAGGCACUCGAAGGGUGGAAGGUGCAUGUCAUGGUGAAGAUGUUUUCUACUUCUAUGGAAUGUCAUUUAUAAAUCCAUUAUCAGCACAGGAUAAACGUUUGCGUAGUGCUUGUCAUAACAUGUUGUAUUCAUAUGCCAACAGCGGUAAUCCUUCUUUUGAUGGGACGGACACUUGGCAACCUACAGGAUCUGAAGAGCUGACUUACUUAUUUAUAAACGGACCAGAAUACAUGAAGCUGCAAAUGAGUAAAAGUGUGAGUCCUAUCGAUUUUUGGACCAAGCUUGGACUCUUGGAGUAUGAAAACCUUGUUGUAAAAGAUGAAUUGUAGUUUACUUUUAAUUAUUUUUAUAAGCAAUCUCAAGCGAUUUAUAAAAUGUGUUACCUAUUUAUAAAGUAGAAAAAGGUUUGGUUAUUGUAAUUUAUAUU